CUUGUACUGUAUAGCGUAAUGACAUAUCUUUAUAUAGUCAUUUAAAGAUUUUUUGUAUUUGGAUCACUUUAGCUUUGCAACAUGGCUACAAUAGAACAAAUCGAGCAACACAGAGGAGGAAGGGGAGUUAGCGUAAUUAAUGCGCGAUGUCAGAUAUGCAAGAGACAAGCUUGGAACGAUUAUUAUGGGAACUUCCUUUGCAAAAAUUGUUUGCUAUUUUUCGUGCAAUCAAUGAAGAAUAGAGAAACCUACGAAUGUUUCGCAUCCGCAAUGUGUCGUUUUAGUGUAAAAGCAGAUAUAAGAGCGUGUAAGUUUUGUUUAUUAGAAGAAAUGUUAAUAAUACAUUUAGAUCCAAAGAAAUUUGGUAUAAAUGGAAACACCUGGUUCUUGAAAGAAAACGUAAAGAACUUGAGAAAAAUACAGCCGAAGGAACCAAUAAAUUUGGAAGCAGUUCAAGAAGUGUUAUUGUUUAACAAGCGGUUCAAACAGAAGUCGGGGAUUUUUAAAAUGUGGAUGGAUUUUUUUCCUCCUCUAAGAAAACCAUCAGUAGGCCAACUGAGUGCUUACUUAGAAAAAUGUGAAAACAGAGCAAUUGCAGUUUUCUUCGCAGAAGAAUCUUUGCAUCUUCAUGAUGUACUGAAGAUUGAAGAUCGAUAUUUCGAUCCUUACAAAUGUGAUGUAGCUCAAAUUCAAUAUCUCACAAUUAAGUUGUUGGAGUUCGUACGUCUAUUAAACCAGGAGGUUGCGGAAUUUAGCAUUCCUGACCAUCUGAAAAAAUCCUUGAUAUAUUUUUCAGGAAUAAUGGAUCGUGACUUAAUAAAUAGAGAACUGCACAUAAAGCUUGCUGAAAUUGCAGUUUGGUUGAGAUCUUACAGAAAUCUAGCAGAACAACUUAAACAGGAAUUUGAUGUGGAUGACUACCAAUGAUCGACAAUUUAAUACGAUUUCUCCCUUUCUUUUUUAAGAUUUGCAAUUACCUGUUUUUAUCUUAUAUUAAGGAAAGCAAUAUUACUAUAAGGCUUCUUUUUCUAAUGUUUUCUAAAUGUUUAAAUUGCAAAAACGUUUUUUAAUUUUAAGCAAUGUUAGUAUCAUUCUAACGACUUUUAAACUCUAAUUUUAAUCUACAAAUUGACGUUUUAAACAAUUUAUUUUCUGAAUUAUAAAAACUUUGAACGUUUUAAAGAAGAAUUUUUGUACAAAAAAAGUCGAAAUUUUUCGAAGGGAAAUAUAAAUGAUACCGAAUUUAGAUUUUAAUGUAAAACAUUAAAGGAUUAGUAAUAUGGAAAGAACACACAAGUAAUUUUUCUGUCUUCUAAGAUGAUUUAUUUCGACGAAUUUAGAUAUAUAAACUUAGAUAAUUAAACUUUACGCCAAUAAAAAGUAUUUUUUAAGUUGUUCGUUACCGUUUAAUUUUAUAUUUUUUACAAUUUGGGGGAAUUGAAUACGUUUUUUUGCCAGAUACUUUAUCAAAAUUGAAUCGAUUUAUAACGAAUGAUAGUAAGUUUGACAGGCACACGUAUCCAUCAUUUUAUACGUAUAUACACAUCAUACGUGAUUUUCAUUCCGAUAGAUUUAUUUCCCUCAUUCAAUUUCUAUCACUUGUCUUCCU